AUGAUGCUCAAGCACACCGCCCUCGCCGCGGCCCUCUUCGCCGCCGGCGCCCUCGCCAAAUGCGAGAAUGUCAUCGUCCCCAGCUACCAGAGUCCCACCCUCGCCUCGGGCUGGCAAGGCCAACUUGUCGCCAACGGAUUCAAGAAGCCCCGGACGCUGCACUUCGACACCGAGGGCAGUCUUAUUAUCCUCGAUGCGGGCGUCGGUGUCCGCCGCGUCAAGUUUACUGACAAUGGUGAUACUUGUCUCGAGGUAGCCGAGAAUAAGCUCCUCAUUGACAACAAGGACUUGAACCAUGGCCUCGCCUUCUCCGGCGACGGCAAGACCCUCUACGCAUCCACCGAAGAAUCCGUCUUCGCCUACACCUACGACGCCAAAGCCGGCACAGUCGCGGACGCCUCCUCCCCGCGCACCGUCAUCGACGGCAUGUCCAGCAACGACCACCUAACGCGCACCCUCCUCAUGUCCCAGAAAUCCCCCGGCUUCCUCGCCGUCUCACGCGGCAGCGACGAAAACUUCGACGUCGACGCCGAGGACCCCACGACGGGCGUGUCGCAGAUCAAGAUCUUCGAUCUGAACAAGCUGGCGAGCGGAGCCAAGUACACCUUCAACUCGGACGGAAGGCGGCUCGGAUGGGGUCUGAGGAACUCGGUGGGUAUUGCUGAAGAUCCUGAUUCGGGGAGGAUUUACUCCGUCGAGACCUCUGUGGAUGAGGUUACGAGGAAUGGGCAGAAUAUCGAGAAGAACAAUCCUGGGGAGGAGUUGAAUAUGCACAGCAAGGCGACGGAGACUGCGGAGGGCGGGAAUUAUGGAUAUCCCUAUUGCUAUCCGAUUUGGGAUACGAACGUGCCUGAUAACGAAGGUCUCCAAACGGGUGAUCUGUUUAGCACGAACGAGACGCAUAUUACGGACGAGAAAUGCGCCGAGGAUACCGUUGCUCCUCGAUUGGUUUUCCCGGCUCACACGUCGCCUUUGAAUCUCCUGUUCAACUCCGACGGAAGCACUCUCUACAUAUCCUUCCGCGGAAGCUUCGACCCCACAAACCCAGUCGGCUACAUGGUCUCAACCGUCUCCUUCACCAACGGCCAACCCACCGCCCGACUCUCCGCAACAGACGCCCUCACCCCCAUCUUUACGAACCCCUCCCUCUCCGCCUGCCCCGCCAACUGCUUCCGCCCCGUCGGCCUCGCCUUCGACUCCCAGGGCCGCCUCUGGGUCUCCGCCGACAGCACCGGGGAGAUCUAUGUUCUCAAGAAACUCGCCGACGCUGCUGCCCCUGGCGUCUUCGUCUCGAAGCCUGAUGAGAGCGGUGCGGGGACGCCGGGUGCGUUUGGGUUGCAGGGGGUUUUGGUGGGGGGUGCUGCUUUUGCUGUGGCGGCGUUGAUUGCUUUGUGA